AUGUCGAGCUCUACUGCUCCCGUACGAGGCCAGCUCGAAGAUGGCGACGGGAACGCUCCUCUCCUCCCACAAACCGAUGGCCACCCGCAGGAAGACACCAGGCCUACUAGCAGAAAAGAGCUCGCUGGCUGGUAUUGCUAUGGCUGGGCUGCGGAGGUCUUUGUUGUGUGUGCUAUGGGCUCCUUUCUCCCUCUAGCCCUCGAACAGAUGUCCCGAGAUCAGGGAGUGUUGCUCUCUGAUAAAAAAACGCCCUGCACCUCAACAUGGCAGCACUCGAAUGCCACAGCGGGCGCCAGGGCUGUCUCCCCGUUCAAGGCAGCACCCUCGAACAAUCAAUGUAUUGUCUACAUGUUUGGAUUUGAGGUGAACACCGCUAGCUUUGCCAUGUAUACGUUUUCGACUAGUGUUCUGAUCCAAUCGCUCAUCAUAAUAUCAAUCUCAGCCGCGGCAGACCACGGCGCCUACCGAAAGACCUUCCUUCUUAUAUUUGCAGUGGUUGGCUCAAUUGCAAUGAUGCUAUUCCUUCCUCUCUCAUCGCAUCUAUAUAUGUUGGCCGCGUUUCUGGCCAUAGUUGCGAACACUGGGUUUGGCGGAUCAUUUGUAUUGCUAAAUUCCUUCUUACCUCUCCUUGUUCGCAACCACCCUACCAUCCGAGCUUACAAGGAAGAGCAAAACACACCCUUAUACUCCGAUACACAUCCAGAGACCAAUGGAGAUCUGGAACCCUCCCAGGUUCGCCAAUCGCAUGAAAUCACCCCAGAAAGCACCACUGGAGCUCCGUUGGUUUCGGCGGCGUUGGAGUUAUCGUCCAAGAUAUCCUCCAAUGGAAUUGGUAUCGGAUAUACUGCUGCUGUCUUGGUGCAGAUAUGCUGCAUUCUGAUAGUUCUUGCUACGCAUUCUACAACGUUCUCCCUUCGACUUGUUCUAUUCAUCAUUGGGAUGUGGUGGUUCGUCUUUACCAUUCCGGCGGGCAUGUGGCUACGCCCUAGGCCCGGGCCACCGCUCCCUGAACAUGUAACGAAUAAGAACAGCAACUGGCCAUGGGUCGACUACGUUGUAUUUGCAUGGAAGUCCCUCGGCCGCACUGCCAUGCGGGCACGUCGAUUAAAGGACGUUGUUCUGUUUUUGGCUGCUUGGUUUCUUCUAUCCGACGGCAUAGCAACCGUCAGCGGUACAGCGGUCUUGUUUGCGAAAACUCAACUGAAGAUGGAGCUGGCUGCCUUGGGUAUGAUCAACGUCAUUACCAUGAUUUCGGGUGUAUGUGGUGCUUUCUAUUGGAGUUAUGUCUCCCGUCUACUCGGACUCCGCCCUUCCCAGACAAUCAUAGCCUGCAUAUGUAUCUUUGAGAUCAUCCCGCUCUAUGGCCUUCUAGGCUAUUUACCGCCUAUUCAACGGCUGGGAGUCCUGGGACUUCAGCAACCAUGGGAGAUGUAUCCACUUGGUGCAAUCUACGGACUCGUUAUUGGCGGCCUGUCGUCUUAUUGCCGCAGCUUCUUUGGUGAGCUUAUACCGCAUGGGUUUGAAGCUUCUUUCUAUGCCCUCUACGCGAUCACAGAUAAAGGAUCAAGUUUCUUCGGCCCUGCUAUCGUAGGUGCCAUCACCGACCGAUAUGGAGAGAUUCGCCCCGCAUUUUUCUUCCUUGCGGUACUUAUCAUGAUACCGCUACCUCUGAUGAUGCUCGUCGAUGCGGAGAGGGGGAAACGCGAUGCCGACUUACUUGUCAAAGAGCUGGAGGGAUCCGCAGAUGCUGAUGACGACCAGGGGCAAGUCUAUGGGACUACGGCGGAACAGAGAGAAUAG